GGUCAGCUGCACGAGCCAGACAGCAGCGCUGCCAGACCCGUGAACUGCGUAAAGGAGCCGGUCUUUGGCUCUACACAAAUGGAGAACUAAGAAUAAUUGGGUACCGGGAGAUGUUCGAUGUUAGAAUAUAUUUUGUGAAAUCUAGAAUGCGCUUAAAACGCAUUGGAAACUGAAAAUGGUGUAGCCUACGAACACGGACAGUCUCUUCAUGAGCUCCAGCUUCACUCCAUUUAUUUGGAUUCUCUUUCGCAGUUCCACGUAUUGAGAUGGUCUAUUUUUGUGAUGGCGAGAGGUCUGUUUCCACGGGCCUGGAUAAAGAAAUCAUUCUUUUUCCAGGCUCGCAUCUCCUUUGUGCGGGUGAAAUACCUGUUCCUCACCUGGCUGACGGUGUUUGUCGGCUGGGUGAUCUAUGUCCAGUAUUCCAACUACACCGAGCUGUGCAGAGGACAUGAAUGCAAGAACGCCAUAUGUGACAAAUACAGGAGAGGCAUCAUUGACGGCUCGGCCUGCAGCAGCCUUUGUGACAAAGACACCCUCUACCUGGGCAGGUGCCUCUCCACCAGCCCCAACAACCAGGUGUACACAGGUGGCUGGGGUGACGUGGACGGGGUGAUCCGCUGCCAGGUGGGGGAGGUGCUGCCCUAUGAGCUGGGAGAGGAGCCGGAGCCCCGGAGAGAGGCUGCAGUCUUCGACAAACCCACCCGCGGAACGUCUGUGGAGAAGUUCCGCGAGAUGGUCUUCAAUCACCUCAAGUCAAAACUGGGCGAGCAAGCUAAUCUGGCCAGCCUGGUGACCCAAAUACUCAGCGUCGCCGACGGCAACAAGGACGGCCACGUCUCGCUCCCAGAGGCCCGUUCGGCCUGGGCUCUUCUCCAGUUGGACGAGGUGCUGCUGGGCCUGCUCCUCCAGGAACGGGGCCACACCCCUCGUCUGAUGGGCUUCUGUGGAGACCUGUACGUGACCGAGAGGGUACCCUAUGGCCCCCUUUACGGUGUCAGCCUCCCCUGGCCUCUGGAGGCCUGGGUCCCCAGUGGGGCCCGACGCAGCAUGGACCAGUGGUUCACCCCCUCGUGGCCCCGCAAAGCCAAGAUCUCCAUGGGUCUCCUGGAGCUGGUGGAGGACAUCUUCCACGGCAACUACGGCAGCUUCCUCAUGUGCGACCUGAGCGCCGGCCACUUCGGCUACACGGACCGCCACGACCUCCGCCUCACCGACCCGCGGGCCAUCGUCUCUGAGGACGCGUUCAGGCGAACCAUGCGCGCGCUGCACUGCGAGAAGGAUGACGACUGCUUGUUUGGGGCGGACUGCCGGACGUCGUGCGACGUGGCUCAGAAACGAUGCAGGGAGGAGGUGACCCAGCCCAACCUGGCCAAGGCGUGCAGGGCUCUGAGGGACUACCUCCUGAGAGGAACACCGUCGGAGCUGAGGGAGGAGCUAGAGAGGCAGCUGUAUGCCUGCAUGGCCCUCAGGGGCUCAGCGGGCCAGAUGGACAUGGAACACUCACUCAUCCUGAACAACCUCAAAGCUCUGCUGUGGAGACAGAUCUCUCAUACUAAAGACUCAUGAUGCUCAAAGAAUUAAGACGUAAUUGACAAGUCUGCUACUGGCUCAGUGGCUUGGUUAGAGGAGCCUUUGGGGAAAUUAUUUCUAAAAACUCAACCACUUUGGUGGAUUGUUCAUUCAAGAUGUACUAUAUUGUUUUCUGUACCACCCUUUUUAUGCUGCAUAGCAGUUGUUUUGGCGGUGUAACUGCAUUAGAGCUGUCAAAUCCACAAGCGGCUCCUGGCAUGCCUAUUUGAAAGGAAAUUGCCUACCGUUUAGAAAGCUUUUUUCACAACUUUGUCUUGUAGUAAAACAGAGGAAGAAAAGUGUUUCCAGCAACAUCAGUGUGCAUCAUGCAAUUUUAACCAUUUAUAAGUAGACAGUCUACUAAUUGGUUGUCAAUAGUAAUUAAAAAACUGAAGAUUUCCAAAGUAACAAAUGUGCCAUUUUCACAUUUUGAUGUUGGCGUGGUGCAGGAGAUGAAAAUAUUUGUUCCUUUUAAAUCAAAACGUUGUACAAUUUAACAAUAAUUUCAGAUGUAGACUAGGCUUUAGACGGAUGAAUAAUUUUCAAUUUGAGCGUCAUUUCUAUAUAGCCUACUACACUUUCUCGUUCCGAACUUCUAACGCGAGUGGCUUCAUGACAAUCGAAAGUAGCCGCUCACCGAUUUGACAGCUCCACCU